AUGUCUCACUCCCACUCACCCGACCUGAGUACCUUCGACGGCAUCUACACCCAUCUAACAACCACAUACCACUACCCCGUCCUCCCCAGCCCAUCUCUCUCACCCCACGAGAAAAGCUUAACACAUUCCAUCUCCUGUCUCUCCAUCCACCCAACGCUGGAAGCCCUCCUGCACAUCCUCAACGCCGACCUCACGAGCGCGCACUUCCUCUGCCGCCACAUGCAGAACGAGCCGGCUUGGGAGGCCAUGUACAUACACGGCCUCCUGCACCGCGUCGAGGGCGACUAUCGCAACGCGGAGGCGUGGUACGGGAAUGUCGCGGACUCGGAGGUGUUCCGGAGCUGUUGGCCCGGGCCGGGAGGGUCGGAGGAGGCGAGGGGUUUCAUUCGGAGGGUGGAGGCGUUGAGGAAGGAAAAGAUUGGGGACGAGAAGAAGCUGGAGGAGGAUAGUAAGAGGGAGAUUGAGAGGUUGGUAGAGUGGUGUAGGGAUAAGUUUGGGAUUGGCAAGGUAGAGGAUGCGAGGAGUGUGUGGGUUGAGCCUAGUGAGGAGCAUCGACAGAUGGCGGCCAAGAUGGUUGUGGGUGGGGAGGGGUGGCGUCAGUUUUGA